AUGUAUGGAAUCGCAUCAUUCUCCUUUAAUAUUUAUUACCAGAACUCGAGGAGUAUACGUGGUAAGUUGGAGCAAUUAUAUAUAGCUAGCCUUAAUUGUAGUUAUGAUUUAAUUAUUCUCAGUGAAACAUGGCUGAAUGAUAAUAUUUUUGAUGCCGAGAUUUUAAACCCCAAUUAUGUAAUAUACCGAAGAGAUCGAUGUAAUACUAAUAGUGCUAAAUCUGAUGGUGGAGGAGUACUGAUAGCUGUAAGAAAAGGACUCGAAUGUUCUAGACUUUUGUGUUAUGAAAGUAACAACGAGGACUUAUGGAUAAAAAUAACAUCUCGUUCCGCUGACGAUCGAAUAUCGAAGAGCUUAUUUGUUUGCUCUGUAUAUUUGCCUCCACCUUUGUCUCUAGUUCGUCUGGAAAAUCAAUUGGAUUGUAUCAGUAAUGCUAUUUCUCAAAUUGACAACUCUGAUAUAUUGGUGGUUGGUGAUUUUAAUAUUGGUCAAAUUUCUUGGAACUUAAUUCCUGAUCAAUUUGACUAUACCUGUACUAUACCCAAUUGUGUGUCUACAAGUCUUACUCAGUGUUUUCUCGACUUUUUGGCCUUACAUAACCUACAGCAGUUUAAUGCUAUUUUGAAUGAUGAUAGUAAAAUUUUAGACCUAAUACUAAGUAAUAUCUCAUGCGUGAAAACAGAACUCUCUCCUGUACCUUUGUCUAACGUGGAUAAAUUUCAUCCCCCUUUAAAUAUUAGUAUUGACUUUCCGAUUUCACAUUAUUUAGAGAAAAAAUACGUAAUUAAGUAUAAUUUUUAUAAAGCUAACUAUAUAUCCAUAAAUAAAGAGAUAGGCGACAUACAUUGGGAGGAUACAUUGGAGCACGCUGACACUGUCGACGAAAUGGUUGUGAUGUUUUACUCUAUACUGAAUGAUAUUAUUAGCAAACAUGUUCCAAAGGUACGAGCCAGCAGACGUGGACAGUAUCCAAUUUGGUACAAUAAAAACUUAAUAAAUUUGUUGAAAGAAAAGGAAAAACUUCGCAAAAGGUACAAAAAGUAUAAGAACCCUAUUGACGGAUACGAAUUUUCAUUGGCCAGAUCCAGAUGUCAUAGUCAGAUUAAAAUAUCGUACUCCAUAUAUUUGGAAAAUAUUGAAAAUUCUAUUAAUAAUAAUAACAUUAAGGCAUUUUGGUCCUUUAUAACAUCUAAACGUAAAUCAAGGGGCCGAAUACCAUCCGAAAUGCAUUUAAAUGGAACCACAUAUUCAUCUCCCGUUUCUAUUUGUGACGCUUUCGCUGAUCAAUUCUCACAGGUUUACAGAAUCACAAGAGUGCCGUCUACCUUAAGUACUGCAAAUUUACACACAGAUAUAAAUAAUCCGCAUAACGCCCCUUGUCGUUGA